AUGAAAUUCCUUGAAGAGCUCAAACCAAAAUUAGUCGAGCUGGGUCUAGAUCAAGCUACAUAUUUAAAAGACCUUCAAAAGACCCAUUCUUAUCCAAAAGAUGGGCCUUGGACCGGCAUUAGAGACGACGGAAUCUUCAACUGGGAAGAGUACGACUAUGACGCCGGGCAUGUUCGUUUUGGCAUUAUCAAUGAGACGCCUGGAAGACUUACCAUCCACUUCAGUAAGCGCCAUCCUCAUAUGGAUACGGAAUAUCAAGUCGUCUCGCGUAUUAUCACGGAUGCUGUUCUCGUCGUUCCACAGAGAAACUCUAAUUUAUACGAAAUUCCCGCCGGAAGCACUGUCAAAUUCUGCUUCGAGUUCCCGGCUGAGUACUUCAAUCACAAUCAGGAACAGCGGCCAUUCAUUUAUCUGUGUCUCCGCGGGCCGGCUGACCAUGAAUUGCGCUACAAAUUUGCUACGCUUGCUAUAGUACUAAAUAAA